AUGAUAACAGUCGCAGGACGACGAGGCCGCAAACCCGAAUCGCAGAAAGAGCGCAAAUCACAACUGGAAAAAGAGCGGCGCCAACGAGAGCGCGAAGAGCGCAAGCAGAGAGAACCGGCCAUGCCUGAAGGGUGGAAGUUCUCAACGGGACCAACCGACUCCAAAAAGGACGCAGAAGCCGAGGAAGAUUCCGAUACCGAGACGCCGGAACAAUCUGCCCACGCUGCGAAUAUCGUCGCCGCAUGGGCGGCGGGUGCAUCGUCGGAUGAUGAACCGGAUGACCUUCGUGUUCGCGCAUCUGCGCUCUCUAUUCUUGCCUCUGCCGCCCAGGUAAAUAUCAUUGGUCUCGGAGCAAGAAUAUUAUCGUCAGCAGUGGAUUUGGCCCUCUCAACGCUGACACUGGAACAAUCGCCCGAAAGUGCCAUCCUGCGCCGUGCGAGUGUGAUUCUUAUCCUCGACAUCCUCAAGGCGCUCGACUCAGCCCGGGAAGCGCAACGAGGAAAGGAAAUUGGCUUUGGGUUCUCGUUGACGGAUUCUAUAGGCGGAUUUGGCUCGCAAGAUACGGACACGCAUGGUGUAUCGACCAUCGGCAACGUACCUCACAUGCUACGGACGCUGGGCUAUGCCGAGAGUAAAGAGACUGAUCCGAUUGUGCGUGGGCAUCUGCGUGCUCUCAUCGAGAGCUUGGAGGCUUGGUUGGAGAAGUCUUUGAUGUGGGGGAUUGGUGUGCAAUCUGAUGGUGAUGAACCGAGGCUCGAACUGGGUGAUCGGAUUGCUGGUUUAAACGUCGAUCCUUUGGCUGGAGGGUCGGGUAGGCCGCGUAUCGAAGAGAUUGAGUAG